AGUUAGCAGCGAGUCGUUCGGGACGGACGGCGAUUUGGCGAGCGCUACCGUAUUUCGUCCACCGGGCUUGGAUACCGUGGCCGGUCCGCAGCUGUGUGUCCUCAAGUUAUCGUGUGUCCGUUCAGACGGCAGCGGAGCGAUGAGCGUCCGUUGCGCUGAUGCAUCUGCUUGAACGUGAAUCACAUCCCAUCGCGGAGCCUCCAGAUUGGUCUUCCGCGUCUCAAAACUUCAGGAGCACCGAGCGCAAGAACGUCGGUAACUGCGGCGUUGACCGGAUCCCGUGACGACUUCUCAAAACAUCGGCCGUAUUCUCGGUCUCGAGACAAUCUGACACCGAGCACACAGAGAUUCCGCUGCGUGAUCGAUGUGAGCCAUGAAAUUUCUUUGGCUGUUCGUCUGCUUGGCUGUGGCCCGCGGUCAGGGUACGAUCAAACGGGACAAACUCGAUCCUUUUUGUCCGGGACCUCCCGAGAAGUUUUUCCAGUGUGACGAGUCACGGUGCCUGAACCGUUUGGUCAUUUGCGAUGGUAGGAAGGAUUGCAGUGACAAUUGGGACGAGGAGAAUUGCAGCUGUACCAAGAAGAAGGAUUGUCCGGCGGGCAUCAAAUGCCAGAAAGACCGAAUUUGGGCGACAUCCAAGUGUGUGAAUUGCGCCCCCGGUCAACGCUUCACAAAAUUCGCGUGUGAAGACAUAAACAAAUGCAUGGAAAACCCGAACGUCUGUAGCGGGAAGGGCGAGUGCGUCGCUCUCGGCGAUAGUUUCCAAUGUGUUCAGUGUCCCCGAGGUUUCCAAGCUAGUCUUCGAGAUUCACGUUUGUACAACAAGAGUCAUUCUCUCGACGAAACCGAAACAGCCAGAAGACUUCUCUUAUGUGCCGACCGCAACGAAUGCGAGGAGAGGAAUGCAUGCGAUGACGGCGUGUGCUUCAACCGGAUCGGGGAGUCUUCCUGUCAGUGUCCUCCGAAUCACGAGAUGCGAUCGGAUUUCCGAGACAAUAUUUGUCAAGCCGUCGGAGAGCAGCCUAUGAUCGCUAUCGGCAGCGGAACGUCGAUAUCUAUUUUCGACCUCCGGAGCGCGACGGAAAUUCAGCAAUUGGAGUGGUCUGAAUCGAUCGUGGACGUCAGCGCGGAGCUCGAUAAGGUGAUAUUCGCGACCCGGCGUCAAAUAUGGGAGUACAAAUACGCGGUGAAAUCGACUCUCAUGCUAGCAGAUUUCGAGAGCGACAGAGAUUUCUCAGACGGCGAUAUAAAGGAAAUAUCGGUCGAUUGGGAGAAUCACCGAGUGUAUGUACUCACUGGUGACUCGAUAGUAGUGGUCGACGCUGAAGGACGCGCCGUUAGAAUCAUCGAGCACCGAGGAAACGUCUCGAGCAUCGCGGUCGAUCCUGUCGCCGGCUAUGUGUUCUACAGCGAGUCCGGCAACGUUCGUAGAUGUCAUCUCGACGGAUUCGCCGAGUCGACGAGGACUGUUUUCACUGCUUUGCCGGCUGGUGAUGAUCUCCAAGGCACCGAUGCUGUAGCGAUCGAUCCCAAUCUGAAAUACGCAUACUACAUACACAACAGGGUACUCUAUGGCUUUGAUUACGACGGCCACCGUUCCGCGAUAAUAUCUGCCUCAGCAGAUUACACGCAUCUCGGACCGUUCGAAGAUCUCCUCUAUGCAACGAACCGAUUGGCGAAAACCGACUCGUUAGUCGUGAUGGGUCGCAUUGGGUAUUCCGUCGGUGCCAUCCCAGAGUCCACAGUUCAAUCGUUUGGCGAAACUCUGCCGAUGUCCUUCGCCAUCAUACAGAGCGCGAAAUUUCCCUUGAGACCGAAAGAAACGAAUAGCUGUAACAGCGAACCAUGCAGUUCUGAAUGGUGUUUCCCCAUGCCGCUUUCCGUAACGCCGUCGUAUCAUUGCGACUGCGGUCUCGAGAAGCCUGGCGAUUGUCUGCCGUUGAAAACCCAUCGACUGCGCCCCUUCACAAACUAUAUUAGCCCCAACGAAGAAAAAAUCAACGUUUCAGGGGCCUCAGUUCCUAUCACUGCCAGGAUAUCGAAUUUCAGCAUUAUCAUUCCUAUUGUUCUAGUCCACAUUUUUUCGCUAGCCUGUUUCAAGUAAGAAGUGGCAUUUACCGUAUCACCAAUGCGGCUUUGUAACAAUGUCGCUAGAAUGUACAGAUGUGUAUAGUAUCCAGCUUACGGAAGCCAUUUAAAUAAAAGAUUUAUAUUUAUUGAA